AUGGAGCCCCGCAAGACCCCUCCAGAAUACUUUCUGGAGAUCUUCGCCGAUACGACCACAGUGCGCGAUGUUCUGAAAGGCGUCCUAAAUUUAAUCUUUUUCCACCGCUAUUUUCCCUCCAUCCGACCCGUCACUUUUGAUGUCCUCGACCUGACCCUCCCCGCUAUCAAUGAUGCCGAUCUGGAGACUUUGAUCGAGUCGCGCGUGAAUGCGCUCGUUCGUCAGCAUCUAUCUCCGACGUCGGGGAAUCAAGACGGCGCGUUAGGUGGGGGCGGUGGAGGUGUGCGCGGACGGAUCGCCGUUGAAUUCUAUGAGAAGAAAAGGCGCCGCUCGGGGUUAUGGUUUGGUGGUCUUGCUGGGAAGGGCGAAGAAGAGGUCUGUUGGGAGGUGUGGACUUUAGACGUGACGAUUGCCACUCCACGCACAGAAUCUGAACGAGCCAAAGUGCGCAAGGCAAUGGGCAACAUGCUGCAAAAAGCCGCCCUGAAGAUCUUGACCGUGGUAAACCGAGACAAAGACCAUAUCCCACCCAUCACGACAAGCGAUUCAAACCCGUUUCCCUAUCGAAUUGUGGUCAACCCUCGCACUGACGGCUGGGGACUUUACUAG